AUGCCGAUUUACGGUUUGCGUAUCAUUCUAUCUCGUGAACAAUGGCUCAACUACAUGAUAUGGUUGUUAUCCAAUGACGUGCGGUCAAGGCAGGAUCUGAAUCGCAAUCCGGUCUCUGAUGAUCAUCUGGUUGACAACGUCAGCCAGCUCAUUCGCUCCGACCACGAGAAUCGCGGCCUGAAUCGAGGGCGGUCUAUUGAAUCGUGCAAUCGUGCUGUAGCUAACGAAUUCUUGUUUCGGCUCUGCGUACCAGAUGAAGGUAAAAACAGCCUCCCUACAAAAAUACCAGAAAAAUCACUCAAAAGUUAUGCUCGACCCAUAAAUUUGGGGAAGCUGAUCAAACAAAAGUUUGAUAACAAAGAAAAGUUUUGGAGUUUCGAACUGGUUCCUACUAAUGACACAAAUGUGUACAAGAGUACAAAAAUAUCUAAAAUGAUCUUAUUCAAUGGUGUGGUAUAUCUCACUAACUUAGUUUUAAAAAGUUUUUUUAAGGAAACUCAGGAAUUUUCGCCACUUUUCUAUUCACUAACUUGGCACAUAGAUUUGACUAAUGGUGUCAAGCAAUUUCCUGCUUUGAAAUGUGCCGAAUAUUUACCUCCAAAUACUUUGAUGCACUGUGCAGCUAAAGGCUUAAAAACUGCUGAUUUGGAAAUAAUACUCAACCGAGCACUUAACCUUGGCAUUAAUAAUAUUUUUGCUCUACAAGGAGAUGGAGAUGCUGAUAACGGCGAUUUUUUGUAUGCAUCGGAUUUAGUCAAAUACAUUCGUAAACAUUUUGAUCAGAAAUUCAGCAUAUGUGUUGCUGGAUAUCCUGAAAUGCAUCCCAAGUCACUGUCAAAGGAAAUCGAACUUCAUCAAUUGAAGGCCAAGGUAGAUGCAGGGGCUGAUUUUAUUAUAACACAAAUGGUUUUUGAAUCUCGACUAUUUAUCGACUUUCUGAGAGAUUGCCGAGAUAUAGGAAUUGCCGUACCAAUUAUUCCAGGAAUAUAUCCUUUUACCAGUGUAAAAGCAUUAAACAAAAUGUCAAAAAUUUGUCAAGUAAAAAUUCCUCAGUGGUUAGAAGAAUCGUUGAAGCCAAUAUCAGGUGACGUAGAAACUGUUAAUAAACUUGGCAUAGAUUUAAGUGUAAAAAUAAUAAGAGAGAUUUCAGAAAGACAAUCUUCAUGCUUUUUUCAUCUAUUUUGUUUAAACAGGUAA